AUGCCCGCCCUCUGCUCUGGGCUGCUCUGCGCCGAGCCGCCUCCGCUACUCGGCCGGGUGCCCGUGCCGGCUCGCGCCCCGGCGCCGGCCCUGCCGUCCUCGCGGUCUCGCCGCCGCGCCCAACCGCUGGUUCGAGCUCGCCCAGCCGCCGAGUCCGCCUCGCCUGGCCGGCUUCUCCGCUCAGCCCCCGGCCGCCUCCCACCCAACAGUCAGCCCCGGGCUCCUCCAGACGCGCCCGCCCAGGCACUCAUCGCUGCGCCGUCCCGGCCUCCGCCUUCGCGGCCUAGCGCCUCCCGGCGUCGCGCGCCUCCGCGCCUGGCCCUCGCAUCGCUGUGCCGCCCCGCCGUGCCCGGCCCAGCGCGCCCCACGCCGCACCUGGUCCGGCCCGUCCGGUUCUGCCUGCGCCGUGCCCGGCUCCGGCUUCCCCAACACCCGGCACCGGCCUCUCCAGUACCCGCCCCGUCCGGUUCCGCUGUGCUCCGCCCGCCGACUCCGCGGGCCGUCCCCGCUGGGGUUCCCCACGAGCGCCGCCCCUCUGCGCUGGCCCGGUCGCGUCCCCGCGCCCUGCAGCGCCGCCGGGUCCGCCUCGCCCAGCCGGCCGCGGCUCCGGGCCGGCUCCCGCCCUUCGCGUCGCCGCCUCCAGCCGGCCGCGGCUCCGGGCCGGCUUCCCGCACCCACGUGUGUCCCUUCACCAGCUGUUGCUCCGCAGCCGGCCUCCCCUGCCGCCGGCUGCUGCGCCCCCGCUCCAGCCGACUGCUGCCGCCGAGUGCCCGAAGGGAAGAAAGAAAGAAAAAGAGUGUGGACGGCUAG